AGACCCGUCAGCCGGGACCGGGACGAUGGAGACUCCGGGGGCUCCCGUGGCAUUCGAGGACGUGGCCGUGUAUUUCUCGGAGGGCGAGUGGGCGAUGCUGGAGGAAUGGCAGCGAGAUCUGUACAAGGAGGUGAUGCUGGAGAACGACCAGAUCCUGCGUUCUCUGGAUCCGGCCGCAGUGAAGCCAGAGAUCAUCUGGAAGAUCAGGAAUGAAGAGCAUCCGUGUGCUGAGGGCCCCCCGGAGCGGCCGCCUGCUGAGGGCCCCCCGGAGCGGCCGCCUGCUGAGGGCCCCCCGGAGCGGCCGGCUGCUGAGGGCCCCCCGGAGCGGCCGGCUGCUGAGGGCCCCCCGGAGCGGCCGGCUGCUGAGGGCCCCCCGGAGCGGCCGGCUGCUGAGGGCCCCCCGGAGCGGCCGGCUGCUGAGGGCCCCCCGGAGCGGCCGGCUGCUGAGGGCCCCCCGGAGCGGCCGCCUGCUGAGGGCCCCCCGGAGCGGCCGCCUGCUGAGGGCCCCCCGGAGCGGCCGCCUGCUGAGGGCCCCCCGGAGCGGCCGUGUCAGGGGCUCCCUGGAGCUCCGGUAGCAGGUCUCUCCAGACAUCAGCCUUCAAAGGGCUCUAGAGGCCCCCCGACUCGUGCCGGUGACCCCCCGAAAGCCGCCGAAGACGCAAGCCUGCGUGUCAGGGCCCCGCCGAGGCCUCCACACAAGGGGCCUGUGAGAUUAACCCCUAAAGUGUCGCAGGAAGCGCCCUGGAAGAGGAGGAGGGGCUCUAGGGAGAAGAAUUACAUCUGCACUGACUGCGGGGAGACCUUCGGCCUGUGGAGGGCGCUGAUGCAGCAUUUCUGGGCCCACGAAGCGGCAAAGCCGCCUGCCAGCAACGACGCCCCACAGCCUGAGGGUCACAAGGAGACUAUAGAUACAGAGAUCGAGUGCGGGGAGGAAUUACCCCCACAUCUCCAGGGGGGUAACACCGGCCGUGGGCAGAAUGCACUCAGAUGCCCCGAGCUAGGAGGUCAGUCCGGGACCCUCUGCUUAUUGCUACCGGCGUCUCACCAGGAAGCCCACCCAGCCAGUAGACAGCACAUCAGUCAAGAGCGCAGCGAAGGCUUGGAGGUAAAUGCUGCACGGCAGACUCUGGGGAGUGUGAGCGGUGAGUGCGCUUCUUCACUGUACUCAAGCCCAGCGCCCACUGGGAAGGAAUCAGCUGGUGAGAAAACCAGCUCAAAACGCCCUAACGAGACGCUCUAUAAAUGCGCUGACUGCGGGGAGGUGUUCACCUCGAGAGAGCAGGUACUGAUGCACAUGAGGCGUCACACCGGGGAGAGAGCGCCCCCCGGAGAGACCUUCUAUAUUUGCCCCCAGUGCAAGAAGUCGUUCUUACACAAGGAGCAGCUGCGCGGGCACCGGCGCGUGCACAUGGUGGAGAGACCGUUCGUCUGCACCGAGUGCGGGAAAGGGUUUAAGGAUGCGGGGCAGCUGCGCAGGCACCUCCGCACUCACACGGGCGAGCGGCCCUUCCUGUGCACCACCUGCGGCAAGCGCUUCAGCCACUCGUCCGUGCUCCAGCGCCAUUACAAAGUGCACAGCGCAGAGGCGGCCCUGACCAGCGGCUCCGGCGAGCGCCUCCCGGGGCGCACAGAACGUUCCUUAGAACAGGCAGAGCCGGCGAUUGGCCGAGGGGCCCGUCCGGAGCAGCAACUCGGAGCCGACAGCCUGUCCUUACCGAGUGCGGAGCCCCAGCGCAUGGCGCUCGCAGAAGAGACGCGCGGAUCAAAGCCCCAGCGCCGGGGGAAAACUUUACUAAACACGGCGCGCUUUCUACAGGGGGCAGCGGCUGAGCCGAAAGCAAACGACAAAGAGGAGACUCUAGAUACGGAGAGAGAGAGCGGGGAGGAAUUACCCCAACGUCUCCGGCGGGGUAACACUGGCCGGGUCCGCAGGAAGAGUGCAGUGAAAUGCCCCGAGGGCACUCUCUGCGCCUCAUUACAGGCAUCUCACCAGCGCAGCGAAGGCUUCCCAGAGGAGUCGCAGGACUCAAGCCUAGCGCCCACUGGGGGGGAAUUACCUAGCGUGACCGUGAGUGAGAAAACCGGCUUACAGAACAAGCUGCUGUAUAAAUGCUCUGACUGCGAGGAGGUGUUCGCCGCGAGAGAGCAGAUACUGAUGCACAUGAGGACUCACAUCGGGCAGGGAGCGCCCUCCGGAGAGAGCGUCUAUAUUUGCCCCCUGUGCAGAAAGCGGUUCACACGCAAGGAUCAGCUGCGCAAGCACCGUCGCGUGCACAUGCUGGAGAGACCGUUCGUCUGCACCCAGUGCGGCAAAGGGUUUAAGGAAGCGGCGCAGCUGCGCAGGCACCUCCGCACUCACACGGGCGAGCGGCCCUUCCAGUGCAGAGACUGCGGGAAGACCUUCAGCGAUUCCUCCGUCCUCUGUCGCCACCGGAAGAUCCACAGCAAGAAGAAGUUCUCGUGCGUGGAGUGCGGGGAGCAGUUCGCGGAGGUCCCGGAGCUGCUCUCGCAUUACCAAAUACACGGCUUUCUGCAGCAGAAAUGACAACCGGGGCCGUGAGACAGCCCCACACGACAGCCUGAGACCCCGAGACAGCCACGUGUCAGCCUGAGACCGCGAGGCAGCCCCGCUACAGAUCCGGGGACCGCGAGACAGUCCCACGAGACCCCAAGACAGCCUCUCGUCAGCCGGAGACCGCAACACAGCAGCAAACCCAGAGACAGCCUGGUCGCAGAGCAGCGGACCCCGAGACAGCCCCAGACCCCCGAUGCUCCUCAUGUUU